CAAUGCCUGAGCCAGCGAAGUCUGCUCCUGCCCCGAAGAAGGGCUCCAAGAAGGCGGUGACCAAGGCUCAAAAGAAGGACGGCAAGAAGCGCAAGCGCAGCCGCAAGGAGAGCUACUCGGUCUACGUGUACAAGGUGCUCAAGCAGGUGCACCCGGACACGGGCAUCUCGUCCAAGGCCAUGGGCAUCAUGAACUCGUUUGUCAACGACAUCUUCGAGCGCAUCGCGGGCGAGGCGUCGCGCCUGGCGCACUACAACAAGCGCUCGACCAUUACGUCCCGGGAGAUCCAGACGGCCGUGCGCCUGCUGCUGCCCGGCGAGCUGGCCAAGCACGCCGUGUCCGAGGGCACCAAGGCCGUCACCAAGUACACCAGCUCCAAGUAAACGCGUGCUUGAGUACUCUUCACUCCAAAGGCUCUUUUCAGAGCCACCCACAAAUUCUAUGAAAGAUCUGUAGCACAAGUCCUGGUGUUUCAAUUUGCUGU